AUGAAUGAUCAUCACAUCUUUAUCAUUCAUGUAACAGCAGAGCUCACCAUUGAUAAAGGAUUACAGUACCUGCCCAUUAUGGCAACCACAGAAGCCAUACCUGAAGGAGCAGAAGGUUCUGUAUUAGAAACCACCCAGCAAGACUUUUUGCAAGAAGCAAAAUCUCUUAUUGCCCAACAUCACAAGAGACUAAAUGAGAAUAAGCCUCAAGUUACUUCUAUAAAUGUUUUUAAAAAUAAGCACCAAAAGCCAAAAACUGGCAAGUUCAUACCUUUUGAGAUGAAGAAAAGUGAAAUCCUUGAUAUAGUUCAAGAACAUCGGAUGGUACUCAGAAGCAUUAACUAUUCCAAAGAGACUUCCAAAUGCUCACCUUCAAAGGAAGACUCACAGCAAAUUUCCUCAACGAAGCCACAUGUUUUGAAUUUAAAAGAGAAGUACCAGCCUGAAGAUCCUUUACAAAAAGAACAAGUUAAACUGGGUAAAAUAAUAACCAAUAUUGAAUCUGUAAGUAAGAAAAUGGAGAGAGAAAAGCAGCUGCAUUGCAAGAAGCCCAGAAUGUUGGAAUCCUUCCAUUUCCAUGCUGGCUUGAAUUUACAAAAUCUGACCUCUUCUCUGGGACAUCUGAGAGGAGCUGCAGAGAAGAUGUUUUAUGAUUGGCGAAGCAUUGCAUGGAGGAGGUCUUCUUGUGCACCUCAUGAAUCUACUCAGAGCUUAGCUGGAUCAUCAGGAAUAUUUAAGGAUUAUUAUAUGAAAUCCCAUAAGAAGAAAGAACUACCUAUCAAGCCAGACCAGAAGCCAAGCAAAAGGGCAAAGGCUGUUCCAAAGUCAGAUAAAUUAGACAGUAAAGUUAAAAGAAUUGGACCACACAUAGAAAUUUACCAACUGUUCCAGGAAAGAAACAAACUCAUCUUUACUAAAAGAAUUAUUAAACUGAUUACUAUCACACAAGCAUUUAUCAGGGGAUGGCUUGAGCGCAAAAGACUUCAAAGGCUAAAGACGAAGGCUUUGUAUCAUGGACCAAAUUUGAAAGCAGUUAUCAUGAUGUAUCAGUUCUUGAUCUACCGUAUUAGACAUCGACUUGGUCUUUGGAGGACAAGACAGAUUAUAAACUUUGGAGAGUUAGAGGAAUGGAUGGACAGGAAAAAAUUCUAUGAAACCAUGUUUGCCAAGAGAGAAGACUGGCAAGGGUUAGAGAGAAGUGAGCUGAUGAAGUACUUCAACGAUUGUGGUCAUUUCCCCACACAGAGCCAGAUCGACGAGUACUGGGACCUGUUCCACAGACAUAGCCAAGGAAAAUACUCUGAAGUGAUCAAAAAGUCCAAUGCAAUUGAGCUUUUAUUUACACUCUACCCUCCUCAAGGUGCCAAAGUGAACAUUAGCACAAGACUCCGGUCUACAUGGCUGAGACCCAUAGUGGAUGGAGAAGAAGGCUAUAAGUAUAUUGUGAGUGGACAUCCAAUACUCAAGAGAGCUAAUAUCCAAACUGCUGGCAAGUUGGUGGCUAACUCCAUAAGAGAAAGGAAAAUGAGACAAUUUUAUAAAUCAUGA